GACUGGGCGGCUGCAGUGAACAGAAACGGGAAGGUCUUUUGCAAAAUGCUGUAGUCGAGCUUGAUUUCUCCGCGCUGUUGUGUUUAGGGGCGGUUUGUAAAUCCUGUACAUAUAAAGUUAGGUGGAAUCUCGCUAGAAAGGAAUUUUAGCUCUUUAAAUAUGGCACGCACGAUGCUCUCAGUGCCGUUGUCUUCUCUAAUCAUGGCGCUUCUUUUAAUCCUUUUCUCAUCCGCCCAUGGAGACAUGAGCUACACAGUUCCAGAGGAAACCAAGGCUCAGUUUGUGAUUGGAAAUAUUGCAAAGGACCUCGGAACAGAUGCUACAAAAUUAAAAAUACGAAAAGCCCGAGUUGAAACAGAGGAUAGCAGCAAGCGGUAUGUGGAUGUUAAUUUAAAUACAGGAGAUUUGAUCGUCUCAGAGACAAUAGACCGGGAAAAGCUUUGUGGGUCGAGAUUAAACUGCAUCCUGAAUUAUGAACUCGUUUUAGAAAAUCCGCUAGAACUACAUCGUCUUUCUCUGAACAUUCAGGAUAUUAAUGACAACGCGCCAAAAUUUAUUAAGGAGAGAAUUAGCUUUGAAAUCGGCGAGUCCGCUGUUAAAGGGCAGCGAUUCCGAUUGGAUGAAGCUCACGAUUCUGACAUCGGGCAAAACGGAGUUAAUUCCUAUUCUCUCCACAAGAACGACCAUUUCGUUUUGUCUGUACAAGAAAAUAAAAACGGACGGAAAUACGCGGAACUUGUUCUGGAUAAAGAGCUUGAUCGGGAACAACAGAAGGAUAUUGACUUGAUUCUUACCGCAGUGGAUGGCGGGAUUCCUCCGAGAUCAGGGACUGCUGUUAUACACAUCACUGUGCUAGAUGCUAAUGAUAAUGUUCCGGUGUUCAGUCAGCCUGUAUAUAAAGUGGUUUUAGCUGAAAACGCACCGAUAGGAACAGAAGUCGUUACUGUGAGCGCAGAAGAUGCAGAUGAAGGAGCAAACGGUGCAGUCACAUAUGAAUUCAGUCAUAUUCCGGAUAACGCAGCACAAUUAUUUACUAUUCAUGAGAUUAGUGGACAAAUUAAGGUAGCUGGAGACAUCGACUAUGAGGAGGAAAAAUUUUAUGAAAUUGGAGUACAGGCUAAAGAUGGAUCUGGUUUAGCAUCGACUGCAAGUGUUAUUAUAGAAAUUACUGAUGUCAACGAUAAUGCUCCUAAAAUUAUUAUUAAAUCUCUGAAUAAUCCUCUACCUGAGAAUGUUAUUGUAGGCACAGAAGUAGCCAUAAUUAAUGUUCAGGAUAAAGAUUCAGGAGAUAAUCGACAGAUCAGUUGUUCAAUUCAGGGAAAUGUUCCUUUUAAAUUAAAUCCAUCGAUCAAAAAUUAUUUUUCACUGAUAACGACAGGCAUGCUUGACCGAGAGCUGGAAGAAGGUUAUAAUAUAACAAUCACUGCUACUGAUGGAGGAUCUCCAUCUUUAUCCACAUCUAUAACCAUUCAUUUAACUGUAUCUGAUGUGAACGACAAUCCUCCUGUAUUUGAACAGCAAUCCUACACUGCAUAUGUAAUGGAAAAUAACAAACCAGGAACUUCUAUUAGUUCUGUUACUGCAAGAGACCCAGACUGGAGGCAGAACGGUACAGUACUGUAUUCUCUGGUGUCCAGUGAGAUAAACUCUCUUCCAGUGACCUCAUUUUUAUCCAUUAACUCAGAUACAGGAGUGAUCCAGGCUGUGAGGUCGUUUGACUAUGAAAAGUUCAGAAACUUUAAAGUCCAGGUUGUAGCCAGAGACAACGGUUCUCCUCCACUCAGCAGCAACGUGACUGUGAGUGUGUUCAUAUCAGAUGAGAAUGAUAACUCUCCACAGAUAUUAUACCCUGCUCCAGAGGGAAAGUCUUUAAUGACUGAGAUGGUCCCUAAAGCUGCUCUCUCUGGCUCUCUGGUCUCCAAAGUGAUCGCUGUGGAUGCUGACUCUGGACAGAACGCGUGGCUGUCGUAUCAGAUAGUCAAAUCUACCGAUUCGGGACUUUUCACUAUCGGUCUCCAUAGUGGAGAGAUCAGGGCUCAGAGGGACAUCACUGAAUCUGACAGCAUGAAACAGAACCUUGUCAUCUCUGUGAAAGAUAACGGACAGCCGCCUCUCUCUGCUACCUGUUCUGUAUAUUUACUUAUUUCUGAUAAUCUUGCUGAAGUCCCUGAACUUAAAGACAUGACUUAUGAGGAGAACAAUUCCAAACUGACUUUUUAUCUGAUCAUCGCGCUAGUUUCCGUGUCCACCUUCUUCCUGACUUUCAUUAUUCUGAUCGUGGCUGUGAGGUUUUGCCACAGGAGAAAGCCCAGACUGUUGUUUGAUGGAGCGGUCACCAUUCCCAGCGCGUAUCUCCCUCCUAACUAUGCAGAGGUGGAGGGAGCUGGAACUCUCCGCAGUUCUUACAAUUAUGACACGUAUCUAACGACAGGAUCACGUACCAGUGACUUCAAGUUCAUCACGUCUUACAAUGACAGCACUCUUGCUGCUGGUGGAACUCUGAUAAAGGGCCAAAAUGAUGCUUUAGCUACAAGCUGA